CUUGCCGUCGCGUCUGCGGGCUCGCUUCGAAGCCGCCACCCUCUGCAGUCCCCCAGGGUAUCAGGCCCGGUUUGGACGUGACGCUGAGCAGGCGGUGGAGCUUCCCCGUGCGCUUUUCGCAGGGACUCAUCGCCUCACGUAAGCCGGGCGAUACACGUUUGGUUCUCGCUGCCGUAGCCCGCGCUGAUCGUUUCAGGGGACCAUGUGCAGUUGAAAGUGCCAGUUCUUCAGCAGUGGUACCAUUGGGACUGUGGGCUGGCCUGCUCUAGGAUGGUACUGCAAUACCUGAAUCUUCUAAACGAUGAUGAAUUUCAGAAGGCCAUUCAGGAACUCCAGUUGACAAAAAGCAUCUGGACCAUUGACUUGGCCUACUUAAUGCGCCACUUUGGCGUAAAGCACAGAUUCUGCACACAGACCCUGGGGGUAGACAAGGGCUACAAAACCCAGUCAUUCUAUAGGAAACAUUUUGACACAGAGGAGAACCGAGUUAACCAGCUAUUUGCACAAGCCAAAGCCUGCAAGGUGCUGGUAGAGAAAUGCACAGUGACUAUUCGGGACAUCCAAGAGCACUUGUCCCAAGGCCACGUUGCCAUUGUGUUGGUGAAUGCUGUCCUGUUGCUGUGUGACCUGUGCUCCAGCCCUGUCAAGUAUUGCUGCUUUCUCCCAAUUGGACAGAAGUGCUUCUGCAGGAGCCCUGACUACCAGGGCCAUUUCAUUGUGUUGUGUGGCUACAAUGAAUCCUCAGGGAGUAUUUAUUACAACAACCCUGCAUACGCUGACCGAACAUGCAGCACCAGCAUCAAUAACUUUGAGGAAGCCAGGACAAGUUACGGCACGGAUGAAGACAUCCUGUUUGUUUACACAGACAGCUGACAUCUGGGUCUGGUGCUUCUAGUUUGUCAUUGGCCCAGCCUGCUCAGGACUUCUGUGGCAGCUGGCUUGUCUCAGGAUUCCUGCUACAGAGACUUUGCUCCCAGACUGCAGCAGGAUUGUGAACAAGGGAUGCUAGAGACGUUGGUAGAGCUAAAUUGCUAUCUUAUCACCAUCUUUUUAUUUUUGACGAUAAAAUAGCCUGUGUAUAUACACUAUGCUAUAUACAUACAUACAUACAUAAGAAUAUGUAUGUAUUUAAUUUUAAUUUUGCACACUUAAGUUUAAAAUGCAAAAAUAAGACUUUUUUCCUGUUGGAUGUCAGACUCUUUUUCUUCCCAGGAAUAAAACUCUCAGAAACCAAA